UUGCUCUUUUCCGAUGAAAGCAUCAAGCCCAUUUACAAAAACAAAAAACACAAAAUAAGAAUUGCAAAGGGCAAGGAAUUACUUAAUUGGCUAAAGUCUUGUGCGCGAAAAGUACAGAAAAGUUGACAACGCAAUGUUUGGUUUUAAUCCAAAGGAUUACGAUUUGAAAGUGGAACUGUCACGUUGCUUCAAUGGCAUUGGCACAGUGUACCUGGCACAGUAUUUACCCAACGGACAACAUAUCGCCGUUAAGAAGUAUCGCAUGGAUAAGGCCACCAAAGAAGAGAGCUUACUGGUCCGUGAUGAGCUACUUAUCAUGCGUCAGUUCAAUCAUCCCAACAUACACACAUUCUAUACCUCAUUUGUAUAUGGAAAUGAGCUGUUCCAGAUAGCGCCACUAAUGGGUUUUGGUAGUUGCAAGGACACAAUCGCCAAUUGCUUCCGUGCAGGAUUUCCCGAAAUAUUUGUUGCGCUAAUAAUGCGAGAUGUUCUAUCUGGGCUCGAGUAUCUACAUCGGCGCGGUUACAUCCACCGCUCCAUUCGUGCCAGUCACAUAUUGCUCACCCAAACAAAAGCUGUGCUAGCUGGUUUCCGUGAAUGUACGAGCAUUGUGGCGCAUGGAGAACGUAUCAACGCAUUACAUCAGCUAGCUCCCUGCAGCGCACGUAGUCUUAACUGGUUAGCACCGGAAGUGCUCGAACAGAAUAUAAUCGGCUACACAGAAAAAGCUGAUAUUUAUUCGAUUGGUAUAACAUGUUGCGAACUAGCUAAUGGAGUAGAGCCGUUUGCUGACGCGCAACCAACUUUCAUGUUCACCGAAAAAGUGCGCGGCAAUGUGCCAACAUUAUUGGAUCGAUCAACAUGCCCUGCCAGUGAGGAAAUGAUUGAAAUAGUUGCUAGCACUGCUUCAGAUUCAAUUAGGCAGGCGCAACAAAUCUACUGUCAGCGCGUUUUUUCUGAUGAGUUCCAUCAAAUGACAGAAAUUUGUAUGGAAAAAAGACCAUCCAGUCGUUGGACGGCGCUACAGCUCCUGAAUCACUCAUUUUUCAAACAAUGUCGACACACAAGCAUUUUUGAUCAGUUGCAGCGUUUCGGCUUAGAAACGAAAGACUAUUCGCAAUUGCGUGAUGAAAGUCUCGGCCUUUGCACCGACUUGAGCGAAAUGAACGUAAACAGCAAUGAUUGGGACUGGGACUUUUAAUAAAACUACUAUAUUUCAUGAAAGCCAUAUUAGCAUGCAUACAUACUCAUACAUACAUAUGUAUGAACACAAUUACAAAGUAUCUAUAGUUUGUAUUUAGUUUUUAAAGCCAUGAUAAAUCCAAAAUUCAAUUAUAUGUACUUACGCAAUGCCUCUAAGAGAGAAUAUGAAAGACUAUCAAAUAAAACGUUUCUAAAUUUGGUAAAUAGACGAUGCGUACUUACAGCAUAUUACAGGGUCCGGCACUCGAAGUGUAACCAACUUCGGAUCGCUCGCGCAGCUGAUACACGAACAUCAGCUGUCUAUUAGUUGGCUAAAUGACAGUCCAGAGUAUUGUUUACAAGCGCGCGGAAGCAUUUUGCCGAGAGUAAAUGCGAAAAAAUAUCAGUAAAGGAUUUCAAACGGAAUAGUGAGAUGACAUUAUAUUUGGCUGGAAAAUUACAACCAGCGAUUGUUCGUUAGUCCGAGCAUCUUAAAGUAAAUAAAGUUUUUGUUUAUCACACCAUUACUCGUUACAAUGUUACUGGUAGCAUCCCAAAACGGCAUGGAGGUGGUCAUCAAAAGACUGCAACGUCACAAGAAAUGGUUAAGAAAGUGAAGAAGCGACUUGAGCGAAAUCUCCGACGAAAUGCCAAUCAUAUCAAAUAUCUGACCGUAGCAUCUGCCGCAUUCUGAAAAAUUAUCUCAAAGUCAAACCUUACAAAAUCCAUAAGGGGCAUGAUCUCACACCAAAGCAGCAAGAAGUCCGACUUGAGAGAGCGAAGGAGUUACUUCGCUUGGCAAAAAGCGGUCAAUUUUCGAGCAUUGGGUUUUCUGACGAGAAAAAUUUUCAAAUUGAGCAAUUCGUAAACUCCCAAAACGAUAGGGUUUAUUUGACCGACCUUUCACACGAUAAUUUGAGUCAGCGAUUGGUCACCAGAAGGCAGCACCCGCCACAGGUAAUGGUUUGAGCCGCUGUAACAGCAGAUGGGCGCGCUCCAAUCGUUUUCAUGAAGCCUGGCGUCAAGGUAAAUGGGAAAUAUUAUCGGGAAAGUAUUCUGGAGGUUGCUUCGAAGCCGUGGCUUUGGUGGCAGACCAUGGACGUUUCAACAGGACUCGGUACCGUCUCACAAAGCUCCAGUGAACCAAGAAUAGCUAAAUUCUCCAGACGCGAAUCCGAUGGAUUGUUCUUUAGGCCAUUUUGCAGAGCAAGGUCAGAACUUAAAGGUUCACCAGUCUCGAGGCGCUGAAAAAGCCAUUGUCCGCGAGUGUGCCAAAAUACCUGCAAGUCACAUUCGGGCAGCUUGCGAUUCGUUUCUGGACCGUCGCAAGGCCAUAGACAAGGCAAAAGGUUGUCAUAUCGAGCAAAGUAAAUCGAUUCUUAAUUUUGUAUUAUUUUCACACAUGUUUUACUUUAAAGUUAAUAAAAGUAAUUUUUCAAACAAAUUUAUGCCUUUUUAAUUGGUUACACUUCGAGUGCCGGACCCUGUAUAUUAUUAAUAUUUAUAAAAAAUUAUAUUAAAUAUGAUUUUAAUUAAUUUCCAUUUACUGUCAGUUUUGCUAGUGGCCGCGAUGGCUCAUUGUUUAAAAUAUUACCUCACAAGUACAUAUCAAAGUACCAAAGUCCAGCUACACAUAACUUUUAAUAAAAAUAAACAAGAUCUGUAUUUAAAAUGUCUCUUUUAUUUCAAUUAAAUAUUAUGUAUUUUUCAUUCUUAAUUGCUUAUUCAAUAGUAUUAUUGUUAACAAUUUUCAUUAUUUAUAUAUUUAUUGGUUGUGUACAACAAAGUGAGAAAAUUAGAAAAGCAA